AACCGACCUCCGCUCAAACCAUUUCUUCUGGACAGUCAAUCCCGCCACUCUCUCUCCCGACCACCGCGAAAAGCGAGAAACAUGCGUCUAUCCAUUUCCAGACAAUAAUAUUUUCUCUGUAAUUUCUUAGGGAAAAAAAGCGGAAAAAAGCAACAGCGAAAAUGGCCAAUCAAUACAAAGGAGAACAUUACCUUUUCUCUCUUCAGAAAGAGGAGGAAGAGAAGGAGUUUGAUCUGGGAUCCGACGAGCCUGAGAUCCCAUUUCCCUUUAACAUCACUUCUCGGGUGCUUUAUAUGUUGGGAGAUAUUAAGGCAGGGCCGGCGUAUCGGUUCACAGAAUGGCUGGAGCUGGUUCGUAAACGAAGUGGCAAGAUUCGCUCCUCCGGCUUCCCUUGUCGUCCUCACAGAGUUGAUACUAUGCCCUCCAGCCUAGAAGAACCAAGUACAGAUGUAAGUGAUCAUCCGCCUUCUGAGCAAGCAGCAGAAGUGAGUUUGUGGGAGAGGCUUGGUAAUGCUGCGAUGUUGGACAUUGAACCAAGCGCCAUGUCCUGGAGAACACUUUCUUCUCUCCACCACACAGAGCACAGUAGUAGUACUGAGCAAUCUGAGGAUGAAAUGAAUAAAGCAUUGGAGGUCACUGUUAAUUCGGGAGGUGUGGUUUUUUUUGCACUAUUCAACCAGCCUCUAGAUUGUGAAUCUUCUUCUACAAAGGAAGCAGUUGCCGUCAUAAAGAUAUCAUCUUCACGGAUGUCCACUCAAUCAGAGCGCCUCGGUUAUGAGUUUGCAAAGUGGCUAGGUGUCCGGACCCCACAAGCGCGGGUUAUUCACAACUGUGUUCCGGAGUGGUUGCAGAUCAAAGAUGCCGCUGAAAAAGCAAAAGAAGCAGCUAUAUCGGAAGGAGAUGAAAUUGGUGAAAUGACCUGCUCUGAGCUUCUAGAAGCUCUUGAAUUAAGCCGAUGUGUUUUACUGAUGAAUUAUAUACAUGGAUCACCUCUGCUAGAGAGUUCAAAUGCAUUUGAUUCCCAACAAUCUGCAGAAAAAAUGGCUGCAGCACUAGGGAGGGUCAUGGUUUUGGACCUUGUCAUAAGAAACGAAGAUCGCCUUCCAUGCCGUCAUCUGAGAUGGCGUGGAAACCCGGCAAACCUACUGUUAUCAGAUAAGAUGGGUGACAUGAUGAUGACUGAAACUCCCGAUGCUGCGUUUAACUCUUUAGUAAGCAGAUGCAGACCAAGUGUUAUCAAAGCAUUUCAAAAAGAAAGAAGAGCCACUUCAAUUGAUGGCAAAAUCAACCCUCCCACUUCGGGUGUACUACCACAGCAUUCUGAUCUCUCUGACGUGGUGGAGUCCCCGAAAUCAAGCAAUUUAAGCGUUAAGAGUGUAAAUUUGUUAGACGAGAUGCCAGAUUUUCAUAUCGUGGCUAUAGACUCUGGGGUUCCACGCAGGCCGCCAGCUGGAAAGCGUGCGAAUGACCAGGAAGCCUAUCCUAAGCUGGUUGAGCUCAUCAUAAACAGUUUUGAGUAUUCAUCGAAUAUCCUUCAUGAAAUAACCGGAGGAAAAUUAGGGGUUCCUCCUAAUGAUUCUGAGAUGAUGACUGUUGAUUCUCAUUUGGCCAAUAUGACUCAGGUUGUUCAUGAAUUUCGGAGUGGAUUUCGUGCAGCUUUACGCGACUUACAAGGAUUUCAUAUAUUUCUUCUCACGCUUCAUCAGAAACUGGAAAACCUCUUGAGAGUGCUCCUCACCAUUAUUGACAGAGCCUCUUCUUCGGGGGAUCUUGAGAAGGAAGAAGUGGCGGUUCCCGACUCACCACCACCGAGUAGGGAAACAACAGUUAGUGAGAACAAUUUGGAUUCAAAUGAUUCGGAGUUGCCUAGAAUAACACCCAAGCCAUCGUCAUCUUCAGGGUGUAGGGAGAACUCAGAUGGCGGUUCUCCGGUUUCCAGAGAGAGCUUGCCGGGGAAGUUUAGGGGUAAUGGAGAACCUCUGCAUAGUUUGCGUUUGGCAUCAAAAUUACGUGACUUUCACAAAUCUGCCAAGGUGGAUGCAGAAUUAAACAAAGAAUUAGAGCAAUGGAAUGAAAUGCUGAAAAAUGAUGUAAUUAAGUUAUGCCUGGAGAACAAUUUCAACACAGGCUUCUUUGAAGGCAGUGAUAACAAUUAUGUGGUUGAUGCAUAUGAGCUGAAGGUCAGGCUUGAGCAUAUUCUUGACAGAAUAGUUUUGAUUUCCAAUGCUGCAAACACAGAAAGGCCAUCGUCCAUUUCAGAGAGCCUUUUCAUUGGCGGGGCACUCGCUGCUAGAUCUGUUCACACUCUGCAACACAUAGGAAUCACACAUAUACUGUGUCUGUGCACCAAUGAAAUUGGACAGUCUGACUCUCAGUUCCCCGACUUGUUUGAGUACAAAAAUUUUUCUAUAUGUGACAAUGAAGACAGCAACAUUAGCGAUCUCUUCGAAGAAGCACAUGAUUUCAUCGAUCACGUCGAAAAAAUAGGUGGGAAGAUUCUUGUGCACUGCUUUGAAGGAAAAAGCAGGAGUGCAGCUGUUGUUCUUGCUUACUUGAUGCUGAGAAAGAACUUCACGCUAUUGCGGGCGUGGAACGCGCUGAAGAGAGUGCACCGGCGUGCGCAGCCGAACGACGGGUUUGCGAGGCUUCUAUUGGAACUUGACCAGAAGUUGCACGGGAAGGCAUCGAUGGAGUGGCAACAGAGGAGGCCGACGAUGAAGGUGUGUUCCAUCUGUGGGAAGAAUGCAGGGCUGAGUAGCAGUUCGUUGAAGCUUCACUUGCAGAAAGCACACCGGAAGCUGUCGUCUGGGAGUGUUGACAGUGCCAUGACAAUGGAGAUACAGAAAGCUAUGGAUGCUCUGAAACUGAGUAGGAGUGGGAGUGUCAGCCCCACACACAGAAGCUCUCACCCAAACAUGGUUCAGUAGUUAUUGACUUAGGGUGUGUUCUCAUUU